AAUCGAUAUCUUUCUGGAGAGACAGUGUGUAGUGGAUUGCCUGGACAGCAUAUGCGUGGUUCCUUUGGCUGCAAUGCUGCUGCAGAGCCCGUUCACUCUGCCUUCCUGGGAACCCCACAGGCAAGUCCAUCGUGUUUGGAGGAAGAAAAAAAAGAGAGAGAGCUCAUUCUAGGGGAAAAAUUGACCCGUUAAAGCUUCCGGUACUGAACGUCAGCAUGUCCUUUGUGAUCUUCUGAAUCCGUUCCUUGGUCUUGCUCCACUGAGAUCAGUUUCUCUGGGUGAUCUCUGGGAAUUUUUUGUGCUUCCCCCUUUCUUGGUUGUAGUACGGCCGUACCAUUUCAGCUUGCUAGCGCAGAAAGAUGUGAAUUCAGUCGCUGCCUGAGGCUGGCCUGGUGCAAACACAUUGCUAGAGAUAUGUUAAGGAGUUCCAGGUGAAUCCGGCUUGAGAGAGACCACAGCAAAACGAUAUGUGUCACAAAGAUGUCUACACGGAACUGCCAGGGAAUGGAUUCAGUGAUCAAGCACCUGGACACGAUUCCUGAAGAUAAAAAAGUCAGGGUUCAGAGGACGCAGAGCACCUUUGACCCAUUCGAGAAACCGGCCAACCAGGUCAAAAGGGUACAUUCUGAGAACAAUGCUUGCAUUAACUUUAAGUCCUCCGCUGCUGGCAAAGAGUCACCUAAAGUCAGGCGGCAUUCCAGCCCCAGCUCGCCAACAAGUCCCAAAUUUGGAAAAGCUGACUCAUACGAAAAACUGGAAAAACUAGGGGAAGGAUCAUAUGCAACAGUAUACAAAGGGAAAAGCAAGGUAAACGGAAAGCUGGUGGCUCUAAAGGUGAUCAGGCUGCAGGAGGAAGAGGGUACGCCUUUCACAGCCAUCAGGGAAGCUUCUCUGCUGAAAGGAUUAAAGCAUGCAAACAUCGUGCUUCUUCAUGACAUCAUCCACACCAAGGAAACACUGACACUUGUCUUUGAAUAUGUGCACACUGAUUUAUGUCAGUACAUGGACAAGCACCCUGGAGGACUCCAUCCAGAUAAUGUGAAGUUGUUUUUAUUUCAGUUGCUGCGAGGGCUGUCUUACAUCCACCAGCGUUAUAUUUUGCACAGAGACCUGAAACCGCAGAACCUUCUCAUCAGUGACACGGGGGAGUUGAAGCUGGCAGAUUUCGGUCUGGCAAGAGCAAAAUCCGUCCCUAGCCACACGUACUCCAAUGAAGUGGUUACCUUGUGGUACAGACCUCCAGACGUUCUCCUGGGCUCUACAGAGUACUCCACCUGCCUGGACAUGUGGGGAGUCGGCUGUAUCUUUGUUGAGAUGAUCCAAGGAGUCGCUGCAUUUCCAGGAAUGAAAGACAUUCAGGAUCAACUUGAACGGAUAUUUCUGGUUCUUGGAACACCAAACGAGGACACGUGGCCUGGAGUUCAUUCUUUACCACAUUUUAAGCCAGAACGUUUUACCGUGUACAGCUCUAAAAGCCUUAGACAAGCAUGGAAUAAGCUCAGCUAUGUAAAUCACGCCGAGGACCUGGCCUCCAAGCUUCUACAGUGUUCCCCAAAGAACAGGCUGUCAGCACAGGCCGCCUUGAGCCACGAGUAUUUCAGCGAUCUGCCCCCGCGGCUAUGGGAGCUGACCGAUAUGUCUUCUAUUUUUACCGUCCCAAAUGUGAGAUUGCAACCCGAAGCUGGAGAGAGCAUGAGGGCCUUUGGAAAAAACAAUAGUUACGGGAAAAGUCUAUCGAACAGCAAACACUGACGAGCCCAGCAUCCUCGGGAGAGCACAGGUAAGAGACCCUGCUUUACUGGACAGUAGUAUUUGCAGUAGACAUGGAAUAGAGAUUUUCAGUGAACGAUUUCAGCCUCAUUUCUCCCUGGAGCUGUCCUAUGAGUCCCAUGGGCUUAUUCUGCCACAUAUCAAACAUUUUGCUGAGGCAGAGAACAAUCAGGAAUUCCAGUGUUUUCAGGCACCUCCUAAGCUCUACGUCAUGCUGCCCUGGAUCAUGUAAGAUGACUCUGCAGUCAUAUGAAAAGCCACUGAGUCCUGAGCACCCAU